AUGAGGACGACGACGACGAUGUCAUCAUCGUCAGAAUCUGAAUCACCUAUUAUUAUGAACAAGGACGACGAUUAUGAUGAAAGUGAUGAAAAAACAGCAUCAUCUGAUGACGAUAAUAACGGGAUUAUCAUCAUCGGCGGUGGGUUAGCUGGCUUAGCCGCGGCUGUGCAGUUGGAAACAAAAAACAUUCCGUACGUUUUAUUAGAAUCCUCGGACGGAUUUGGCGGUCGAGCGAGAACGGAUAUCGUCGACGGGUACAUCUUAGACCGUGGGUUUGCCAUCUAUCUCUCCUCGUACGAAGAAUGUAAUAAAAUUUUCGAUACCAAGGCGUUAGAUUUGAGGAAAUUUUACGCCGGCGCGGACGUGAGAUUUGAGAAUCAGUUUUAUCGAGUCGCGGAUCCGUUUCGGCACGUUUCGGACGCGCUGCCGAGUUUACUUCCGAAUCAUAAGAUUGGGUCGCCGCUGGAUAAAGUGUUGGUCGGUUUAGUGCGAUUUCAGACGUUAUUGUUACGGAUGAAUCCGAUGCAAAGAGAGAGUUCGGAAACGAUCGAGGAACGAUUGAACGCGUUUGGUUUUAGCGAGGAGAUGGUGGAUAGGUUUUUUAGACCGUUUUUGGGUGGGAUUUUCUUCAAUCCUGAGUUGACGACGGAUUCGAGGUUGUUCGAUUUCGUCAUGCGGUCGUUGGCGUUGGGCGAGAAUUGUUUACCCGCGAAAGGAAUCGGGGCCAUGGCGGAACAGUUGGUUGGGAGGUUAGACGAGAAGAACGUGCACGCGAAUGCAAAAGUCCAGGAGAUUAGAAAUCUAAACGACGCCGUAGAAGUGCGCGUGCAAAUGAUGAACAAAGAAGAGGAGACGAUUAUUAGAGGUAAAAAAGUCAUUUUAGCCGUGGAAGGACCGGAGUGCGAUCGAUUGCUCGGCACGAAAGAUAAGCAAAGAGGAAAAGGCGUGGGGACUACGUGCGUGUACUUUUCCUGCGACAAACCGUACGACGCGGAAAACGCGAUGUUAUAUUUGGACGGCGAGAAAUACAAAGGAGGAGGAGGGAAGAAAACGUUGGUCAACAACUGUUGCUUCCCGUCCGUCGUCUCUCCAACUUACGCGCCAAACGGGAAACACUUGUGUUCUGCCUCUAUCAUUGGCGUCCCGAGUGAACUCUCAGACGAACAAAUUGGCGACCGGGUUAAAUCAGAACUCUCCGACUGGUUCGGCGAGUCCAUCACGAGUUCGUUCAAACUCUUAAAAGUCUACCGCAUCCCGUUCGCACAACCGAUACAAACCCCAUCGGCAAAAGGGAGCUCCAAAACCGCGUUCGAGCAAACGUGCGAAAGCGGCGCGAUGAAAAACGUCUACUUAGCUGGCGAUCAUCGCGACGCGGCGACGUUUGACGGUGCCUUGAUUAGCGGGAGACGAUGCGCCGAGUACGCGAAAUCGAAAAUGUAA